AGUGGGGUAUAAUGUUUGUGUUUUGAUUGUGUAUUUUGCAUUUAUUGUUUCAUUUGUGUUUGUGUAAUGUAUUGUUAUUGUGUGAAUUCACUGGAUCAAAUGGAUAGACCUUUAAAACAAUCUUGGCACGCCAGAUAAACGUAUAAUCGAAGUCGUUUUUGUAUUAUGACGCAGCAUGAUGAAGUUAGCAGGUCUCGUAAGAGGCUUUUCGAUGCUCUCGGUAGCAAUGCGAGCAAGUAUCUGGUGCUUUUGCGAUUAUGGUUUCAAAUGAAGAAAAGCAAGGAAGAAUUUGAUCAGUCGGCUAGGAAGCUCUUAACGUCAGAUCAAGUGCACCUACACAAUGCAUUUAUUAUUACCUUGAUCACAAAAUGUCACCGCCUUUCUCCGCAUCCACCUUCUAUCUAUGAAAAUUCAGGCCGUGGCCGUGGAGGAAAGGGCCGCCGUCGCAACCGUGCUGAACGUGGUGGUUUUGAACCUGUGGACGUUUUUGACUACAUGCUUCCUAUGCAACAAAUACCGUCACAUGCGCAACAGGAUGCUGUUCGACUUCUGGCCCAGGAAAGGUUUCUGCCAGAUUUUCCAUUUAUGUAUAGUCGGACUAUGCUUGGUGCAUGGGAGCAUGGUCUUGAAGGGGCAGAGGAUGGUGCUGUAAAGCUUAUUAUGUCAGCAGUGUUGGCAUUGCUGCGCAACAUUAUAUUUGCAACGAUUUGUCGCAGAAAAUCCUUUCAUGUUCUUGAUAGUCGUUCUCCAUAUGGUGUUAAUAAACCAUAUAUUAACAAAUGGCUCAGGAGGAAGCUGGAUAAACCUCUUAGGUGUAAUGUUUUAAGGGGAAAGCCUGAUGAAAAGGGAGCAUCAUGCAGCCGACUUAGAAUUCUUGGACCAACAUACGAAGAAAUGGAGCAACGUUAUAUAUUUGAACUCGCAUGUUCGUCUCGGCAGCCUCCACCCAACAGGCCAAUAAGCUUAUAUGACCUACUUGAAACAGUGCAGGUGCAUCGAAAUGUGAUUCCAUCUGCAAGUGUAAUGUCUCUUCUGGAGGAGAGAAUUUUUGAUCGCCUAAUUCACCGGACUCAUGAGGAGAUGAGGGCUAAGCGUGUUCUUGAUAACUCAAUGUUUCUUUCAACUGAUCACCAUAAUUCCACAUUUAAAUCAAACAAUGAAAUGUGAGUGAAAAGGUUCAAUAGUACAAAUUAAAUCAAUUUCACAGGUGUGCAUAUCCACAUUUCUGCAGAAAACAUAAUAACAGAAUGUUACAUUGCUUGUAAAAAUUCAAGAAAACCAAUCAUAUUUAAGAACAUUUGCAGCAUAUUGCUAUAAGUAAAGUGUGAAUAUUCAGUUUUGUAAAUUACAAUUAUCUGACUGCUCCUGUUGUGAAAUAAUAGGUACUUUCACAUAUUGAAAUCGUGGAGAUUGAAAUCGUGGAGCUAAGCGAAUGAAGAUUUUGAAAGAAGGGAAUAUGAUUUGGUGUGAAGAGUGAAAGAAGAGAAGGAAGAAGUGACAAACAUGUGACAGCCUGUUCCAGUUAAUUUUUCAAAAAAUGGGAACUGGAGAGGGAAGUUUAUAGGAUUGUAAUUAGGACAUUUACUCUUGAAGUUGGUGAAAAGAAAGACACAGAAUCGUGAACUGCAGAGAUCAAUUUUGUACCUGGUAUACCUCUCAGCAUGAAGAAUGAAAUGUCAUAUCUUUACCCUCUAAGUUGGUAGUUCCCAUGCUUGCACCUAGCCUAUUGGUGAUAGUUUACAUGAUCAGGUGGCACAGGAGUGCAGCAUUUUAUUUAAAUUAUUUCUUCAGUGGGAAUCGUGUGUUGAACAGUGAUGAAAUAUCCAGGAAUUCUUAACAGUAGACCCUUACUACAUUCAAGACACACAUGAUUACUUGAAAUAAACUUUGUUUGAUAGUCUUUGAAGUAAUCUUCAAAAUAAAGCCCACUAUCUGCAGUAUGUGCCCAUUACUUUCCAGUAGUUCUAUUAUGAGACAUAGCCUCAGAUUUUUCUUUGCAUCUUCCUUUGCCUUUUCAGUGCUCUGAUAAACAAUAAAUGCACUGUACACUUCAACAUUAAUGGCCUUCUCAAUAUUUUCAUUACCACUUUACAUAUAUAUAUAUAUAUAUUUCUUUUCACGAGGAAAGUUUGUGGUUCCUGGUUUCUUCCUACUUCCUCACUUCCCGAUGAAGGUCUUCAUGGUGCAUCAGCACUAACAUACCUACACUUAACUAAUGAAGUAAUGAUGCCCAUUGUCUACAGAUGGCAGAAGAACGCAGUUUAACAUGAGAAACUGCAACUGGUGAGAAUGUGGUCUUAUUACCACAAGUGCAGAAGCUCAGAGAGCACCAGUGAUUAACUCAGUUUCCUGGCUAGAGAGGUUAACUCAUAUAAUAAACACUUAAGAAAAAACUUAUUUGAAGGAAUACUAAGCAAGCAUUAGGUGUAAGAACAAUAAUAAAUUUUUAAGUUCUAUUGACGAGCUAUAAACUCAGAACUCUGGUUGUAUAUACAGUAGAGUGUAGAUUAAAAUCUCCAGAGCAGCACUUAGAACACUAUAGAGGGCUCCUAUUUCACAGACAGAUAAGUUUUAGUCUGAUUGAUGAUGCUGCAGGCAGAUAAGUUUCUGCACCAAGUCACUGUAGUUUGCCAUUAAACUUGUAGUAUGAUUUGUGCAGCAUGUAUGCAGUAGGUGAUAAAUCUUCCAAAUACCCGGAUCUUAGUAAAAACAAUGUUCACAGAUCAGUGUGUUGCAUAAAUAAUUACACCAUGAAUAUACAGUUUAUUAUGUAAUGCAGCAUCAGUAUAUUUAAAUGAAUAAAAUGUAUCAUUGUGAGGUAUAUAUUGAUAGCAUUCCAUGUAAGGUUUCAGAUUAUGCUCAGAAUUGUGGAAAUGGCACAAAUAAAAAAUGAAGUACAAAUGCAAAAAAAUGUUAUGAGAGAACAAUAAUUUAUUAAGUAAGCAUAAUUUAGAAGGGACUGUAUGUUGUAAGAGACUGUAAUAACGAUAAGAUGAUGGCAUUCAAUGAAGUGCACUAUGCCACAGGU